AUGGCAAAGCAAAAUAGUCGUCCAUACACACUGAUCAACGUUAUAGGAGGCAAUGAUGGAGUCUAUGAAGAUCAUGUCGAGUUCCUGGAGAAACACCUUACGCUGAUCACCAUGCAGGAAUUUCUUGAAAACCAGCAAGAACUCAGUCAAAAAAUCGAAGCAAUUUAUAUGUGGUGUAAAAAACCAAAGGCUACCAGAGAGCUCCUGCAAAGUUUGCCGAAGUUAAAGGUGAUUGCAAACUCCGGUGUUGGAGUGGAUCACCUGGACUUGAAACUGAUCUCCAGCUUCGGAGUGAAAGUAGCAAACACCCCAUUUGCAGUGGCCAGUCCUACAGCGGACUUUGGGAUAGCUUUACUGCUGGCAUCUGCUAGGAGGCUUGUGGAAGGUUAUCAGAUUGCAGUUUCUCCUGACACCAAAUACUUUAACGUUGACUGGUUGGGAGAGGAAAUCAAUGGUGCAACUCUGGGUAUCAUUGGAAUGGGACAGAUCGGCUAUAUGGUAGCCCAGAGAGCCAAAGCUUUUGAAAUGAACAUUCUGUACCAUAAUAGGAACCGUAGAACAGUGGAUGAGGAACAGGCUGUUGGUGCUGCUUAUUGUCAACAGAAGGAAGACUUACUCCGGCAGUCUGACUUUGUGAUGCUGACUGUGACCCUAACACCCCAAACACACAACUUGAUUGGGAAAAAGGAGCUAGAGCUCAUGAAACCUUCCGCUAUACUCAUCAACAUCUGUAGAGGUCAGGUGGUUGAUCAAGAUGCCCUGGUGAAUGCACUCCAAAAUGGAGUUAUUAAGGCGGCAGCUUUGGACGUGACCGAUCCUGAGCCAUUGCCCAGAGACCAUCCUUUGUUAAAGUUAAAGAACAUCAUAAUAACACCGCACAUUGGAAGUGCAACUGUAAAAUCCCGUCGUCAUAUGAUGAUCAGCAUGGUGGAAAGCAUCCUGGAUGGUGUGAACGGUCUCCCGAUCCGUAAUGAAGUGCAUGGGUAAAAAGUGCUGCAUGUUUUG